AUGAGCAAUCAACCACAGUUCACCGACAAAGCCCACCAGGCUCUGUCGGAUGCGGCUAAGCUGGCCGCGCAGAAUGAUCAUAUUCAAAUCAUGCCACUGCACUUGGCAGUAGCUCUAUACGACCCUCCUGCAGACGAGUCCAAGGAUCAGCAACAAACGAUGAACGCCUCGCAUUCCCACACCUCCGCGCCCCUCUUCCGACAGGUUAUCGAACGGGCUCAUGGCGAUCCUCAGCUCAUGGACCGAGCUCUUAAGAAGGCGAUGGUGCGGUUACCUCGUCAAGAUCCCCCGCCUGAGCAUAUCCCGAUGUCUCCAUCAUUGAACAAGGUUAUCAAGUCCGCUCAGGAGUUGCAGAGAACACAGAAAGAUACCUAUGUUGCCAUGGAUCAUUUGAUUACCGCACUUGCCCAAGAUCCAAAGAUCCAGGAAGCUCUGAGAGAUGCCAACAUUCUCAACACCAAGCUCAUCGAUACCGCUAUUCAACAAAUCAGAGGCACCAAGCGGGUGGAUUCCAAAAACGCCGAUGCCGAAGAAGAGAACGAAAACCUCAAAAAGUUCACCAUAGAUAUGACCUCCAUGGCCCGGGAAGGCAAAAUGGACCCGGUCAUUGGACGAGAGGAAGAAAUCAGACGAGUCAUCAGAAUCCUUUCCAGACGGACCAAGAACAAUCCUGUCCUGAUUGGAGAGCCAGGUGUUGGUAAGACUACAGUUAUCGAAGGCCUUGCGCAGCGGAUCAUCAAUGCUGAUGUUCCCGCCAACCUGGCCGCCUGCAGGCUACUGUCCCUCGACGUAGGUUCUCUGGUGGCCGGCAGCAAAUACCGUGGUGAGUUUGAAGAGCGAAUGAAGGGCGUCUUGAAAGAGAUCGAACAAUCUACGGAAAUGAUCGUCCUGUUCGUCGACGAGAUCCACCUCCUAAUGGGCGCCGGCGCCAGUGGUGAGGGCGGCAUGGAUGCUGCUAACCUGCUCAAGCCCAUGCUUGCCCGUGGCCAACUUCACUGCAUCGGUGCGACGACCCUUGCCGAAUACAGGAAAUACAUCGAAAAAGAUGCCGCUUUCGAGCGUCGUUUCCAGCAGGUUUUGGUCAAGGAACCUUCCGUGGCAGAGACCGUCUCUAUCUUGCGUGGUCUGAAAGAACGCUACGAAGUGCACCACGGUGUCACUAUCCUCGAUGGUGCUAUCGUUGCUGCUGCAUCUUUGGCCGCUCGAUACAUCACCACACGGCGGCUACCUGAUUCGGCCGUUGAUCUCAUCGAUGAGGCUGCAGCUGAUGUUCGAGUCAUUCGGGAAUCCCAGCCAGAAGCUCUCGAUAACAUGGAGCGGAGACUACGACAGCUCGACAUCGAGAUCCAUGCUCUUCAGCGCGAGACCGACCCCAACUCCGUACAGCGUCUCGACGAGGCCAAGAAGGAAGCCGCUAAUGUCAAGGAAGAGCUCGAGCCUCUCAGAGAGCAUUACGAACAAGAAAAAGAGCGCUCUCGUGAAUUGCAAGAAGCCAAGAUGAAGCUUGACCAGCUCAAGGUGAAGAGAGAAGAAGCUGAGCGAUCAAACGACAUUCAAACCGCCUCAGAUCUUGCCUACUAUGCUAUUCCGGACGUCAUUGCUCUCAUCAAGCGUCUGGAAAACCAAAAGGCACAGGCGGCCGCUGAGCAGCACGAACGUAUGGGUGGCCUUGGAGAAGUGGCUGUCACCGACGCCGUUGGGCCAGAUCAGAUCAAUGCUAUCGUGGCCCGCCAAACAGGCAUUCCCAUAACCCGCCUUCGGGCUUCCGAGAGGGAAAAGAUCCUCCACAUGGAGUCACAGCUCCAAAGAAUCGUCGUCGGUCAGCGAGAAGCUGUCAAAUCCGUCUCGAACGCUAUCCGGCUACAACGCUCCGGCCUCGGCAACCCUAAUCAACCACCUUCCUUCCUCUUCUGCGGCCCGUCCGGCACAGGUAAGACUCUUCUCACCAAAGCUCUGGCCGAGUUUUUGUUCGACGACCCUAAAGCAAUGAUCCGGUUCGACAUGUCAGAGUACCAGGAGCGUCACUCCCUCUCACGCAUGAUUGGUGCGCCUCCAGGCUAUGUGGGUCAUGACUCAGGCGGUCAGCUGACGGAAAACCUGCGCCGGCGGCCCUUUUCCAUUCUCCUCUUUGACGAGGUUGAAAAGGCUGCCAAGGAGGUUCUCACUGUCCUCCUUCAGCUCAUGGAUGACGGACGUAUCACGGACGGGCAAGGGCGUGUGGUUGACGCGCGCAACUGCAUCGUCGUUAUGACGUCUAAUCUCGGUGCCGAGUACUUGGCACGUAACAACGCGACAGAUGGACGCAUCGAUCCUACAACGCAGGAGCUGGUCAUGAAUGCGCUCCGCAACUACUUCCUUCCCGAAUUCCUGAACAGAAUCAGCAGCAUUGUCAUCUUCAACCGACUCACACGGCGCGAGAUCCGGAAGAUCGUCGACCUCCGCCUACAAGAAAUCCAGAAGCGUCUCGAGUCCAACGACAAGAAGAUCUUGAUCGACUGCUCCGAAGACGUUAAAGACUACCUCGGCGCCGCAGGCUACUCGCCCGCCUACGGUGCGCGACCCCUACAGCGUCUCCUGGAAAAGGAGAUCCUGAACCGCCUUGCAGUGCUGCUACUACGCGGCAGCAUCAAGGACGGCGAGGUGGCGCGCGUGCGGCUCGAGGACGGCAAGGUUGUCGUGGUGCCGAACCACAAGGACAGCGAUCUCGAGGACGAAGAUGACAUGAUGGACGAGGACGAUGCCCUAUACGAGCUGGAGGAAACUAAUGGUAAGGCCGACCCCGGCGCCAUGGACCUCUACGAAUAG